ACUUAUACAGCGCAAGCGCGCUCGAUUCGUUCGUGGAGUGUUUUGGGGGUGAGCAGCUCUUCGGAUAUUAUUCUUGAUUCCGAGAAAGGGUUUCCGCGCCGCUGCGAUGAAACGCACCGUGCCACGAAGCACUCUGAAGAACCUGGUGAAGAAGCACAAGCCCCAGCUCCGUUUGGGCGGCAACACCGACUUACUAGUACAUUUGAACUUCUUAUUGUUCAUGUUUCGGUUAGCAGAAGAAGCCAGGACCCAGGCUAUUGAAGAAAAGAGUAAAAUAAUUAAAUAUGAACAUGUGGUCUCUUCUGCAAAGAUAAUUUUAAAGAAGAGUCGAGGCUAAAGGAAGGAGUUCUUAAAUUCAUUACAUUCGCAGGGUCUUUAUACAUGAUGGAAUUUAGAUAUUUGUAUUUUAUAAUUUCAUUUUUUUGUGUUAAAUAAUGUCUUUAAAAUAAAUCUUAAUUCAA